AUGUUCGCCUAUCUUGCGAAAGCUCUCCCUCUUGAUCAUCUUCACCACUCCCGAAGCUCUGAACAGUCGGAGGCUUUGUCCGAUGACUCCAGGCCAUCCACGUCGUCUUCGAUUUCUGCCAAUUCGCAAGCAUAUCUGGAAGACGGCUGCAUGCCAUGGCCCAAGUCGUGGGUGUAUCUUCGCACGUCAGAUGCCACUGGGGAUCUCUUGAAGCAGGUCUUUGCUCAGUGCGAGGGAGGGGGCCCCUUUGGAGUUUGCAUAGGUGAUAUUAUCGAGCGAUCCGUAGUUGAAGGUUGGAAUGAACAGACAUGCGGCAACGUCCAGUACUUUGCUACUGCUGGCAAUGACAGCGUUGGUGUCGCGCAUUUCAAGGUGUUCUCUCCAGUCCGUGCAGACCAUCUCAACGCACUUGCGGUCGCCUCAUUUCGCCCUAUCAUAUCGAUGGCAUCACCCAACAGCUCACAUACUUUCUAUGUCGUGGAACGACCUGCCGUGGUUUUUCCUCCGGUCUCGUUUACGUUGCCCUUGAUAUCCUCCUCAGAAGGCUCUGGACGGCGAUUUGAUUUGAGAGAGAAUAUACCUACGUUUGACGAGUGGAAAACUCUUUGGUCGGCUUGGGAUCUCGUCACUCUCAAAAUGAUUCCUCAAGCGAUGUUGCUUCAGAAGCCCAUCGAUUUGAGGCACAAGUGUCUGUUUUAUAUCGGACAUAUUCCUACGUUCUUGGACAUGCUUCUCUCCAAGGCAAUUGGCGGUUCAGCUACCGAACCUGCUUUCUUUUGGAACAUCUUCGAGAGGGGUAUUGAUCCGCAUGUUGAUGACCCAGAAUAUUGCCAUAAUCACUCUGAAGUUCCGGAAGUUGACGAAGACUGGCCGAGCUUGGGUGCUAUUAUAGAAUUCCGUGACGGCGUACGGGCGCGGCUCGCACGACUCUAUGAAGACGUCGAAAGCGGAAAACAAGUUUUGACACGCAACAUCGCUCGGACCCUUGUCAUGACCCUCGAGCACGAAGGUUUUCAUGUCGAAACUUUACUCUACAUGCUCAUCCAACGAGCCAGAACAGGUACCCUUCCACCUCCUGGCUUCACCACCCCUCCAUGGAAGGCCCUUGCCGAACAGUGGAAUAAUACACCUUUGCCUGCUACGCCUACAGUAACCAUAGGUCCAGCCACGCUAAAUAUGGGCCACAAUGAUUCCGAGGCUGACGACGCCGUCGCCGAAUUCGAGCAUGACGUCUCGGGCCACGAAUUUGGCUGGGACAAUGAAAGUCCCCUUCGAGAUGUGCAUGUCAAUGCAUUUAAGGCGGACUGGCGGCCGAUUACGAAUGGAGACUUCAAGGAUUUCUGGCAGGGUAAAGGCAAGAAUGUUGUCUCUCUUCCGAAGAGUUGGGAGAUGGUUGGUGAUGAAGUAAUGGUCAAGACUAUGUAUGGUCCAAUCGCAAUGGAGUAUGCCCAACAUUGGCCUGUACUCGCUUCCUAUGAUGAUCUCGCUACCUUUGCUUGUUUUAAAGGUGGACGGUUGCCUACGGAACCUGAGUUAAGGCUGUUGCUCGAUAACUACGACGUUGGCUACGAGGGUGGAGCUAAUGUUGGAUUUAGAAAUUGGCACCCAGUUCCGGCGACGAUGGGACUCGGAGAGAAUGGAAAGGGCUCGAACGGAGGUGUAUGGGAAUGGACAUCGACUAUUCUCGAUGACCAUGAAGGGCUUGUUCCUACCAAGCUGUUCCCUGGAUAUACCAACGACUUCUUCGACACGAAGCAUCAGGUUGUGCUUGGGGCGUCGUAUGCUACAAUUCCUCGUUUAUGUCGUCGUACAGUGCGGAAUUUUUACCAGCAUAACUACCCUUACGCUUGGGUGGCCGGAAGAAUGGUCUAUGACAUUUGA